GCGAAGAUUUUUAUCGCUCGAACGCAGGUUAGAUAGGGACUCCUUAUUAAAGGAGCGCUAUGUAAAAUUCAUGGAGGAAUACGAGGUUUUGGGUCACAUGAGUGAAACUUUGCCUUACAGUUCAUUACCGUCAUAUUAUUUGCCUCACCACGCCGUGUUAAGAGAGUCUAGCACGACUACCAAGCUUCGUGUCGUGUUUGAUGCUUCAGCUGCCACUACAUCAGGAAAAUCAUUUAACGACAUCCAGUUAACAGGACCCAGGGUUCAGGACGACUUAUUUUCCAUCUUACUGCGGUUUCGUCAACAUAAAUAUGUGGUGUCAGCUGACAUCGAGAAAAUGUAUCGGCAAAUUCUUGUGGACGAUGAACAACGUCAACUUCAGUUGAUCUUAUGGAGGGCAGACCCUUCUAAGCCGCUUAAAAUCUAUUCUCUUAAUACCGUGACUUAUGGGACGUCAUCAGCGCCGUUUCUGAGCACGCGGUGCCUCUUACAGCUAUCACAGGAGUCCAGUGACAAGGAAACACAGGAAGCGAUCGCCAGGGACUUUUAUGUAGACGACUUCCUAUCUGGCUCUCAUUCAAUAGAUGAUACUGUGGCACUGUGUCGUAAUGUAACAACCACGCUGAAAAAUGCCCAAUUUCACUUGCGUAAAUGGCAGUCUAAUAAUGAAGAGAUUCUUAAAGCCGUCGGUGAGAACCCAUGUCUGAAAGAAUGUGUGGAUCUGAGCGAGAACGAGCUGUCUAAAACAUUGGGUCUUAAUUGGAGAUGCGCUCAAGACAGUCUUACGUUUCGCAUAGACAUCUCGUUACCAAAAGUAGUCACAAAAAGGCACAUUCUUUCAGUCAUAGCCCAAAUCUUUGACCCUCUAGGAUUAGUAACGCCUUGUAUAGUGCAGGCGAAAAUACUAAUGCAGAAACUUUGGGUAAACCAGUGUUCUUGGGAUGAUCCGCUUACAGGAGACAUACUUACAUCCUGGGAAGACUUUGUGAAAUCUCUGCCUUAUCUUAAUAAAGUCCAGAUACCUCGCUGGGUCUUGUGCAAUACACCUACGGUUGUUGAUUUCCACGUCUUCACUGAUGCGUCGGAGAAAGCAUACGGAGCUUGCCUGUACGUCCGCUCCGUGGCCGGGGAUGGCUCAGUGAGUGUUCGCCUACUGGCAUCAAAAAGCAAAGUCGCGCCUAUUAAGGCCACAACUAUUCCUCGUCUUGAGCUUUGCGGGGCCUUAUUAGGCGCAAGAUUAUGCACAAAGGUUCUUGAGUCAGUUAUCCGGAAACCAGACCAUUGCGUAUUUUGGUGUGACUCUAUGAUAGUCAUGGGUUGGUUAUCAUCAUCUCCUUGUUCAUUGCGUCCUUUUGUAAAAAACCGGAUAUCAGAGAUCCAGGAAAGUUCCAAAGCCGCUUGUUGGCGCUACGUACCUUCAAAGGAGAAUCCUGCAGAUCUAGUAUCUCGAGGUUUAAGUGCCGACCUCAUAAUGAACUCUUCCUUGUGGUGGUCUGGACCAUCCUUCUUGAAGCAGGACAUGGCCUACUGGCCGACCGCCCCAGGAAGGUCUGGUAAUGAGUCUUCAUUGCCAGAGAUGUUACCGGCAAAAUCAUUAGUCACAUGUCCCGCUUUUGAUAACUCUUGUAAGCCAAUAGAACAUUUAAUUAAAAACAAAUCAUCUUAUUCAAAAUUGCAACGGAUAAUAGCGUAUAUACUUAGAUUCAUCCACAAUUGUAAAAAGGAAAAUACUAAGAAAACCGGUGGUCUUACAUUAGCUGAGCUAGAAUCGGCUUCAGUUCUACUUCUUCGUAGGUCCCAACAAGACUCUUUUCCUAACGAGUACGAACUUCUUAAAACAGGGAAACCAUUGCCAAAGAAAAGCCGGCUUAGUUCGCUGUCACCAUUUCUUGAUUCAGGGCUUAUUAGAGUCGGGGGUCGACUCGUCAACUCAUUCUAUGACUAUGGCACAAAGCAUCCUAUAGUCCUCUGUAGUAAGCAUCAUCUCGCAAGGCUGUUUUUUAAAAUGUUCCACUUACGUCUACUUCACGCGCCUCCUCAAUUACUUCUAGCGACUAUAAAACUUAACUACUGGCCGCUCGGAGGAAGAAACUUGGCAAAACAGGUUGUCCAUACUUGUCUCAAAUGUGUUCGGUUGAAAGGUGAAACAGUGCAACCAGUAAUGGGUAACUUGCCGAAAGAAAGGUUGCACCUUGAAUAUCCGUUCCUCGAAACAGGCACCGAUUACGCCGGUCCAAUUCUUAUAGCUGACCGCAAAGGUAGGGGGUGUAGGCUCAUCAAGGCCUACAUUUGCAUAUUUGUGUGUUUAGCAUCCAAGGCACUUCAUUUGGAGCUUGUUUCGGAUUUAACCAAGGAGGCUUUUAUGGCAGCUCUUAACCGAUUUAUCGGUCGUCGUGGCAAACCAAAGGUACCAGCGCAUCGAGUUUCUGAAACAGCACUUCUGGAACAGGUUCUCCAACGAGUACGUUACUGGCUUGCAACAGAGAACGAAAUGGCAGAGCUCAAGGGGCAACCUCGACGUCGGAACCAUGGUGGUAAUCAAGGACAAGAACUUACCGCCGCUUAUGUGGCUCCUUGGCCGCAUCGUUCAAGUGCUGCCUGGCAGAGAUGGCGUCGCAAGAGUAGCCGACAUAAGGACGAAAAAAGGAGUAAUUCGUCGGGCCUUCAAUACAAUUUGUCCUCUACCCAUACAAGAUCUUGAAGACCCAAGCUCUUCAACGCCGGGAGUAUAUGUUGGCGACAAGCCCGCCGCCGCAUCGAGUUAACUCCACAGCAACAGCGAUGACGUCCACCGUCACGUCACCGGACCGGUUAGCCAGCGACGGGGACCGGGGCCGGUCCGCGGGGGGACGGUCAGAAUCGAACUUACGGCUCGCGGAACGCACACAUAUCGCGUCGCGCCAAAAAUAAUUAUAACUACCUCUGUAAUUACCAGUAAUUAAAUUAGUGUUUACAGUC